AUGCUGAGAGAGGUCAAAGUCGGUCUGGAUGAUCAAAGUACAAGUAGACCGGGUACUUUAUAUGGUCUAUCCCAUCGAAUAUGGCUUCUUCUAGUCGCCAUAAUAGGUUUAUUUACUUUCUCCAGGUUCCUUGUUCCAUCUUCUGAACCACUCGUAUCACCUUACGCUUCGACGGGAGGUUUACUCACUCCAAGAGAUUACUUGAAUGCCUCAGCCGCGGAUCCAGCUCCAUUCGAUUUCUGUCCAGUCUUUGGUCCAGGUGACCAUAUAGGAGAGAAGAGAGGUCAAUGGGGUUUAUUGAAAUCUAGAUUACAUGUUGGAAGUGGUGCAAGAGUUCAAAGAGUCGUACAGAAAGCUAUGGCUGGUUUGCCAGUUACCAUCAGUGUUCUGGGUGGUUCAGUCUCUGCCUGCCAUGGAGCAGGAGAUGACCCGGUUUCCCCACGAUGCUACCCUUCCAAAUUCUUUGAUUGGUGGAACUCCAUUUUCCCACACCCUCAAUCCGAAAUGACAAAUGGAGCCGCAAGGAGAACCGAUUCAGCCUAUUUCGCUUAUUGUUCCAUGCACCAUUUACCUGAUCAAACUGAUUUGGUCAUUUUAGAAUUUGAUGCUUCUGAUCCAAAUGAUCCCGAAUGGCUCACUCAUUUCGAACUACUCGUGCGAUCCAUCCUUGUCAGACCUGAUCAACCGGCUGUCAUCAUUCUUGGUCAUUUCUCACCUCAGAUUCAAGCUCAAAAUGGAUUCGCUGGUCCUGAAUUGUUACACACUGUAGUAGCUCAAUUCUAUGAUGUUCCACAUAUCAGUGCCAAAGGAAUACUCUAUCACGAUUAUUUAUCGGAUCCUGAACAAGCUCGAUCAGCAUUUUUCACUGAUCCAGUAUUAGCGAAUGCUGCAGGACAUGAAUUGAUCGCUGAUAUAAUCAUAUCUUAUAUGCAAACUCAGAUAUGUGCCGGAUGGGCAGCCACUAUGGGACACGCAUUUGAUGUUCCAUAUAUGGGAGGACCAUCGACUGAUUCAUUAGAUCAAGGUUCUUCAAGUGGAAAUACGAAACAAGAAUCUUUAACCUCAAAGGAAGAAUUAGAUGCUGAAGGAGGUGGAUCAGCAGCUAAACAAAGAGCUAUCAGAGUCCCUCAAGCAAUGUUAUCCGAUAGACCAUCAGAUAUCUUAAGGUUUAGAGAAGUAAACCCUUUUUGUGUAUCUGCAAAUGAUCUCAUAAACCCUUUACCACCAUCUCAUUUCUUUGGUUCAGGUUGGUUUGCCUAUCAUCCUUCAAAAGGUUCUGCUCAAGAAGAAAAGCAUUAUUGGUAUGCUGAGACUGCAGGAAGUAAAUUCCGUGUUCCAAUUACUUUAAGCGCAGGUGAAGUCGCAAUCUACUAUUUACAAAACCCAGAAGACAGGCCUUUGGGUAGAGCAGCAUGUUGGGUAGAUGAUAAUUAUGCUGGAGCAGUCGAAUUAAGUGGUAUCGCAGAUGUACAUGACACAACAACUACAUUGACAAUGAUUGAUUUCGGUGUUGCCGCUGGACCACAUUACGUUGAGUGCAACUUACUUGGUGACGAAGGCCAAAAGACUGCUCCAUUCAAGAUGUUAGGAAUGUAA